AUGACUGCCCCUGCUUUUCAUGGCAUGGACAACGAGUGUGAUGCGGACUUGGGCAUGGGUAGUAGUCCAACAGAGUCACUUGCAUUGGAUUCGGAAGACGAAAGCCCGUUUUGUCCUGACUGGGACGACAUGCAUGAGUCGGGAUUAGAUGAUAUGGCCAAAGAUGUUCUUGAUGUUGAGGUUGCUGAAUCAGAGCAAUGGUGGACCUAUCUUGACAAGACAACCUGCACUAUGGACAUCACGUCAGCUUUUCCACAUUCACAUGUCUUGUCAGAGUACGCGCUGGAGCUCCUAGGAGUGGCACGGAUCCCCCGGGACAGCGGUGGAGAUGCUGUCGCACAAGUCGUGAUGAUCCGCAGGUGGUUCACGUGGGAUGGAAACCUGUGGGCAACUGUGAAUCCUACAAAUAUCCGCACCGACACACAGGAGUUUGUUGUGGAUGAAACCAUGGAACUUGAACGUCCACUCCCUGCCUUCUCUCUUUCCAUUGUUGAGUUGCAGGAUCCCAUGGUUCAUUCGGUUUAUGGCUUGCCAUCUCCAGAGAAUAUUGCCAGGAUUCUGCGGGAGGAAAAGGGGCAACGUACACUGACAAAGUGGUCAAAGCCCAUCCACAACCCUUGGCAGCUCAAGGCAAAUGGACACCGGGUUCUUGGCAACAUCUCCAAGAAGUGGAACAAGCACAACUCAAUCCUUGUGACUCUUGGAGGCUUACCACGUGAACAUGUACAACAAGGCUAUAACAUCCAUUUCCUGUCGACAUCAAACUUGGCCGCCCCGCUUGAGAUGAUGGAGGAGAUUGUGGUGCUGCUUGCAAAGGCCCACGAGAAUGGAGUCAAUGCCUGGGAUUGCUCUGUGGGCAAGCACGGGGAAGAUAUCUUGAUAAUUCCUUGGGUACUUGCAUUGCAGGGAGAUAACCCUAUGGCAAGCGAGUUCUGUUUGCAUGUUGGCAUGACCGGCAAGUACUUCUGCUGGAUCUGCCAUGUUGGAAAAGCCGGAGUUCCCGGUUGGGCACCAGGUGAUGCUGGAGGGAAGGAACAAAUAUCAGACUUCGUGAUGGUUCAGCUCAUUCCCUUACUCGACAUUUCUGGCCUCUGA